AUGUCCGGCAAAAGUAAAGGUAAGGCUAUUGUUCCACCUAUAAAUUGUAUAUUCAACCAUUUACAGCAACAAACACCUGUGACAUUUUGGUUAUAUGAACAGGUUGGGAUUAGGAUACGGGGCACUAUUCGCGGGUUUGAUGAGUUUAUGAAUGUUGUUAUUGAUGACGCUGUGGAAGUGCCGAUUGAGGCGAAGUCGGGUAGAGAGCUUGUUGAUCAAGGCACUAAACUGGGUAGGAUUUUAUUGAAAGGUGACAAUAUAACACUUAUAACACCGAUAGAGUGA